UCCUGGCACCAGAGGCAAUACUGCAGGUCAUCCUGUUACAAGAGGCUGACACUGGUAGUGCCAAUACUGCAAGUCAUCCUGGUAUAAGAGGCUGGCACUUGUGUCAAUACUGCAGGUCAUCCUGUUACAAGAGGCUGGCACUGGUAGUGCCAAUACUGCAAGUCAUCCUGGUAUAAGAGGCUGGCACUUGUGUCAAUACUGCAGGUCAUCCUGUUACAAGAGGCUGGCACUGGUAGUGCCAAUACUGCAAGUCAUCCUGGUAUAAGAGGCUGGCACUUGUGUCAUACUGCAGGUCAUCCUGUUACAAGAGGCUGGCACUGGUAGUGCCAAUACUGCAAGUCAUCCUGGUAUAAGAGGCUGGCACUUGUGCCAAUACUGCAGGUCAUCCUGGUACAAGAGGCUGGCACUUGUGCCAAUACUGCAGGUCGUUCAUAAAUCAAAAGCUGGCAUUGUAGUGCAAAUUCUCACUUCAUAAGUCUUGUGUGUCAUAAAUACUGAAAUAUGUACAGUGGCAGAACUAUGUAUCCACAGUAUUAGAAAUCUAUAGAGUGAGAGCACUGUGUAACUGAAUUGUUAGAAAUAAUUCAUUUACAGUUUCAACAGCAGUGUUGUGAAGCUCCUGUAAGAGUUAUAUAAAUACUUGAAUCACCCAUCGUGUUCCUGAGACACUAUACCAGCCGUAUGGGCUCAUAUACUACAAUUAUAAAAAGAUUCUCAUAAUUGUAAUAUAGAAUUUGAGAAAUAUUGGUUUUUAGUGUAUGAGAAAUAUUAGUUUUUUAAUGUAAUGAAAUUUUCAAACAAAUCUGUGGCUAAUCACUUUAUAUUUGAUAUGGAAGAUUAUUAAGUUAAUGUUUAUUAUGUCUAAAAUACUUGAAAAUGAAUGUGUUGAAGCGACACCAAUUACAGUUCAUCCAGAAGACAAACUAUUCCAAUAUUCACAGUCACUACAACAAUCCUCCUCACAAAAAUCUCAGUGUGUAUCUCUGAUGAGAAUUAAAAAAGUUAGAAAAGCUCUUCAGUGUCCAGUCUGUCUAAAAGACUUUUCUCAGAAAUCUCAUUUAACGAGACAUGUGAGAAUUCAUACUGGAGAGAAACCAUUUCAAUGUUCACAGUGUCUGAAAGUCUUUGCCCAAAAACCAAAUUUAGAAAAACACAUGAGAAGUCACUCUGGAGAGAAAUCACAUCAGUGUUCUGAGUGUCUACAACAUUUUGUCCAAAAAUCUAAUUUAGUGAGGCACAUGAGAAUUCAUACUGGAGAAAAACCUUAUCAGUGUUCAGAAUGUCUAAAAGUAUUUUCUGAUAAACACAGCUUAGUAAAACACAUGAGAACUCAUGCUGGUGAGAAACCAUAUCAGUGUUCAGAGUGUCUUAAAGAGUAUUCUGCUAAAUCUAGUUUAGUCAAUCACAUGAGAACUCAUACAGGAGAGACACCCUAUCAGUGUUCAGUGUGUUCAAAAAACUUUUCUCAAAGAGCUCGCUUAAUAGAUCACAUGAGAAUUCAUACUGGAGAAAAACCAUAUCACUGUUCAGUGUGCCUUAAAUCUUUUUCUCAGCGACCUAGUUUAGUAAGUCACAUGAGAAUUCAUACUGGAGAGAAACCUUAUCAGUGCUCAGUGUGUCUAAAAGACUUUUCCACAAAAUCUAAUUUAGUACAACAUAUGAAGAAUCAUACUGGAGAAAAACUGUAUCAAUGUUCAGAAUGUCUAAAAGAAUUUUCUGAAAAAUCUCAUUUAGUACUACACAUGAGAAUUCAUGCUGGAGAAAAAUCACAUCAGUGUUCACAGUGUCUAAAAGCCUUUUCACAAAAACCUAGUUUAGUGCAGCACAUGAGAAUUCAUGCUGGAGAAAAACCGUAUCAGUGUUCUAAGUGUCUAAAGCACUUUCCCCGAAAAUCUAGUUUGAUAAGGCACAUGAAAAAUCAUAGUGAAGAGAAACCGUAUGACUAUUCUGAAUGUCUGAAAAGCUUUCGGAUAAAUUUAAGUUAGCGAAACACUUGAGAAUUCUUGCCAGUUAAAAGUCAUAUUAGUUUUAAAUUUUAAAGGUCUCACAAAUAUGUGAUUGACUUAAUUGCAUGGGAGAGAAAUUUUGUCAGUGUGUAGUUUGAAUAUAAUUUAAAAAAAUGUAAUUUGGGAUUUCAUAAUUCAAGUGUUUUGUCUUUUAAGAAAUUCACAAGCACUCGCACACCAAACAGUAAAUAAAACAACAAUAAAAAUACUUAAGUUUAUAUUGA